AUGGAGAGCAAUAUUUGCAAAUUUUUUAGUGGAAAAAAUAUUCUAAUAACAGGCGCCACUGGUCUAGUCGGGACAUGUUUGGUGGAAAAACUUCUGCGCGUCGUUCCAGACGUAGGCUUCAUCUAUCUGUUGAUUAGAACUAAAAAAGAACAGAAUUUCAAUAAAAGGGUCAACGAAUAUUUCAGCAAUGAGAUAUUCAACAAAGUUAAAAAUCAGAAUCCAACGUAUUUGCAUAAAAUUGUAUGGCUUCAUGGAGAUAUCACGAAAGCGAAUUUGGAUUUAACACCAGAGAUGAUCGAAACAAUCCAUACCAAUGUCAACAUAAUAGUCAACAGCGCAGCUUGCCUUAACCAAAUUACGCCUUUGAGAAACGCAAUUAAAUACAAUAUUUACGGCACAAACGAGCUACUGAAAAUUGCAAAAGGAUGCGCUUUUCUAGACUGUUUUAUGCAUAUAUCGACAGCGUACGUAAAUCACAGACGAUCUGAGCAUGAAAUAGAUGAGAAACUCUACAUUCAUCCGGUAGAUCCUGAGAUUCUGAUGGUAAUGAGCGACGAACUUACCUCUGAAGAGUUGGAAAGAGAAUCCGCGAAUUUGAUGAUGGAUUGGCCCAAUACGUACACGUACACAAAAAACGCGUCGGAGAAUUUGGUGUAUAAGUACAGGAAUCAUUUCAAAAUUGGUAUUUUCAGGCCUGGCAGCAUCAUCGAAUCUUACGCUGAACCAUUUCCGUAUUGGAUAAAAAAUCCUAAUGGAUUUACAAGUGUUUUGAGCAAGGCACAUCUUGGGUAUAUGGUUGAUUUAAAUCCGAAAGCUCCAGGAAACGCUCCGCCGGUCGACUUUUGCGUGAAUUGCAUCUUAGCUGCAUCAAAUGAAGUUGCUUCAAAUGAUCGUGCCCAUAUAAAAUUUUACAAUUUUUCUUUAUACACGCAAACAUGGGCGGAUCUUUACACGAGUUACAUGAAAGGAAUACAUAAUCCGUGGCUUAUAUUUGGAUCAUUCAAAGAUCGUUUGAGCUGUCACUUAAAGGAUUUAUACUUAGAAAUGAUUGGAAAACCAGCAAGGAAUAUAGAUACUAUAAGAAGACACGAGAAAAUGAUACGAGUUUUGCACUAUUUUAUGAAUAAAGAAUUCAAUUUUUUUACCAAAAAUGUCGACUGUUUGUGGAGUAGUCUAAAUGCGGUCGAUCAGCGAAUGUUUCUUUUCGAUAUGCACGAAAUCGAUUGGGAUUCAUUUUAUAAAAACAUGCACGAGCAUCAUCAAAAAGCAAUACCGGAUGAUAGCACUUUCAAAACC